UAAGCCGCCACCCCCGCUCGCCUCUCCCUCCCACCUCCCAAGCCGCCACUCUCAAGCCUCUUGCUCAUCCGCGUGCAGCAUCUCUCUAGCUUCCCCCUAGAGAGAUCUCACAGCCGAAUAAGCAGCAGCAAGAACCCCUCCGGCCCUCCUCCCAGCACCACCAGGAACCAAGUCAAGUCGCCAAUGGCCGGUCUCAGGAUGAAGUUCGUCGCCGUCGCCGCCAUGGCCGCCGCGCUCGUCGCCUCCGCGGCCGCCGCCGAGGCCCCGGCCCCGGCGCCCGCCUCCGACGCCGCGGCCGCCGUGCCCCUCGCAGCGGCCUCCUUCGCCGCCGCCGCCUUCGGUUACCUCUUCUGCUAGAUCCGUCGCGGUGGCGUGUGAUGAGAUGAGAUGACCCUUCUUCGUCUGUCCGGCUUGGUUUACUCGUCGUCUUGGUGUGUGUGCGUGUGUUCGUGUUGGGGCGUGAGGUGUGGGCGCGUGCGUGUGUGUAUGUAUGGGUCGCGGUGGUGUGGGAGGUGUGUCCAGUACGUGCGCCGGCGUGCCAUUCUUUGUGUUGGUGAUCAUGUACUUACUCUCUUGUUCUUGCAAUGAAUGAGACCAUUUAUUUGAUUCUU